AAGAUCAAGGCAAUUUCAGAGCUUUUGGCUCUUUCGUUAUUGUUGAAAUAUUCUUAGGCUUUAAUGUAUGUCUGUCAAAUUGUUACUCUCUGGUGAUAUUAUACCUACGCAGUUCUACACUUUGAAAUGCAAAUAGACUGCAGUCUAUCAAAGGCAACUUCCUUUUUCUGUUGUCAAGGGGACACUGCUUGAAGGAAACUUCAAGCUUCUCACACAGCUUCAAGAAGGAGACAGAGUCUUAACUUACAGGUGAAAAUCAUCUGUAUGCUUGGUGGCUGGCAAUCGCAUUAAAAGGCUGUCUUUGUCAGAGUUCCUCUCAUUUUAAGUGAGAAUGAUGUCCAACCAUUCACAUGGACCACACCACUGUAACACCAACAUGUUGGAGGAGGUGAGGCUGUUCCAGAGGGUUGUGUACAGCCCUGUGUUUCUGCUGGGUCUGGUCCUGAACCUCUCUGCUCUGAGGGUGUUCUACUGUAAGAGAGACAGCUGGACAGACACACACAUCUACAUGUUCAACCUGGCUGUGGCCGACUGUGCCCUCAUCACCUUCCUGCCCUUCAGGAUCUACCACACCUUCUUCAACCUGGACUCUCCUGGCCUCUGUGUUGUUCUGGUUCUCAUCCACUUCACCAACAUGUACGCUAGUAUCUUCACUGUUAUGGCUAUCAGUAUCCAGAGAUUCAUCGCCAUUCAGUUUCCCUUCCACUCCAGGAGAAUGGGCUCCAAGAAACAAGUGGCUGUUGUAGUGUGUGUGAUGAUAUGGGUAACUAUUGUGGUCCUAUGUGUGAUAUUCAGGGAGCACAACAGACCUGAAUACAGACAGGCCUGCUUUGAGAGACACCGUCCGUUUCCACUGGGCUACAUUCUGACUCUGGAGAUACUGGGAUAUGUGGUUCCUUUUCUCACAAUGCUCCUUUGUUCAUUGCAGACGAUCUGCACUCUGCUGGCCAAGAAGGACAUGCACUCAAAUGAGGACAACAGGAAAAGUAUUAGAAUAAUAUCAGCCAAUUUGGUAGUCUUUUUCAUCUGUUACACUCCUAUCCAUAUUGCAUUUUUCAUGAAGUUCUAUGUUGCCUCCAAAGUCCCGCUUGACUGCCAACAGUAUAAUUUGAUGCAUAACUUUUAUCAUGUCUCAGAAGGGAUUGCCACAACAAACUGCUGUUUAGAUGCUAUUGGAUAUUUCUUCUUAGUGAAGGAGUUCCGCAAGGAACUGAUCCCAGGGAGGUCAGUGCAAAGAGCGAACCGAGACUCUCCAGAGAGAAUUGCUCUCUCUAGAACUGGAUAGGAAUGGAGAGGAAUUAUCAGCUACUGUAUAUUCUGUUUUGGCCUAGAGAAUGCUGUCACUUGAAAAAUCAUAAAAAUCUGAUGGUUAUAUAGAUAUAUGAAUUAUAUACACAUUUUCCUACUG